CUCAGGGAGGAGGCCUCACUCGGAGCAACAGUAGCAGCAAACAGUUGAGCCCUGCUAAGCACGUUAAACUCUUUUUAGUGCGCAUCCCUCCGCGUCCCGUCCAGCCACGCCUUUCGAGUCGCGUCCCUGCUCCCCAGCUCUGGGAGCCGCGGUCUCUUUAAGUGCGCACCUUCGGCGGGGCCGGGAACGCGUUUCGUUCCGGCGCGGAGAGUUUGUGCCUCUCGGGCUGCCGUCCUGCGGGUCCGCCAUAUUGUCUGCUGAAGCUGCCGCUGAAGCUGCCGCCGCCAAGUCUGAGCGAGCGGAGCCGCGAUGGAGUGAUUGUUGUUCAGCCCAGUCCUGUGAGGAUGCUGCCAAAAUAUGAGCAGCCUUGUAAUCUCAUUCUGAACCGAUCCAGUUGUUGAGGAAUCUCUUCCGUUGUCUGGUGAUUGGCAGUUCUUACAGGCUUGCAGAGACCAUGGCAAGCCCAGGGAAAGAUAAUUAUCGAAUGAAGAGCUAUAAGAACAAUGCCCUGAACCCUGAGGAAAUGAGGCGAAGACGAGAGGAAGAGGGCAUUCAGCUCCGGAAGCAGAAGCGAGAGCAACAACUUUUUAAGCGGAGAAAUGUGGAGCUAAUUAAUGAAGAAGCUGCCAUGUUUGAUAGUCUCCUCAUGGACUCCUAUGUGAGCUCUACCACUGGGGAGAGUGUAAUCACAAGAGAGAUGGUGGAAAUGCUCUUUUCUGAUGAUUCUGACCUGCAAUUAGCAACCACACAGAAAUUCCGGAAACUGCUUUCCAAAGUUUUUAUCUCCUUCCAUCUCCCUCUUGUAGAGCCUAGUCCUCCAAUAGAUGAAGUUAUCAACACUCCAGGGGUAGUGGAUCGGUUUGUGGAGUUUCUGAAGAGGAAUGAAAAUUGUACAUUACAGUUUGAAGCUGCCUGGGCUCUGACAAACAUUGCCUCUGGAACCUCCCAGCAAACCAAAAUUGUCAUUGAAGCAGGGGCUGUCCCCAUUUUCAUAGAGCUGCUUAACUCGGACUUUGAGGAUGUACAAGAACAGGCAGUCUGGGCACUGGGAAACAUAGCUGGAGACAGCUCUGUUUGCCGGGAUUACGUCUUGAACUGUUCCAUCCUGAAUCCUUUAUUAACACUCCUUACCAAGUCCACACGACUGACAAUGACACGGAAUGCAGUCUGGGCUCUGUCAAACCUCUGCCGAGGGAAAAAUCCACCCCCAGAGUUUGCAAAGGUCUCCCCUUGUCUGCCUGUGCUGUCUCGCCUACUCUUCAGCAGUGACUCAGACUUACUGGCAGAUGCCUGCUGGGCCCUCUCUUACCUGUCUGAUGGCCCCAAUGAGAAGAUCCAGGCCGUCAUUGACUCUGGAGUCUGCCGGAGAUUGGUAGAGCUUCUGAUGCACAAUGAUCACAAAGUGGCUUCACCUGCCUUGAGAGCUGUGGGUAACAUUGUCACUGGGGAUGACAUCCAGACCCAGGUCAUUCUCAACUGUUCAGCCCUUCCUUGCCUCCUCCACCUACUGAGCAGCCCCAAGGAGUCAAUCCGGAAGGAAGCUUGCUGGACCAUUUCAAAUAUUACUGCUGGCAAUAGGGCUCAAAUACAGGCUGUCAUAGAUGCAAAUAUCUUCCCUGUGUUGAUUGAAAUCCUUCAGAAAGCAGAGUUCCGAACAAGAAAAGAGGCUGCCUGGGCCAUCACCAAUGCCACGUCAGGAGGAACCCCUGAGCAGAUCAGAUAUCUGGUCUCAUUGGGCUGCAUCAAACCUCUGUGUGACUUGCUGACCGUGAUGGAUUCAAAGAUUGUGCAAGUGGCCCUCAAUGGACUGGAGAACAUCCUGCGGCUUGGAGAGCAGGAGGGCAAACGCAGCGGCUCAGGAGUCAAUCCCUACUGUGGUCUCAUCGAGGAAGCCUAUGGCUUGGAUAAAAUUGAGUUUCUCCAGAGCCAUGAGAACCAAGAGAUCUACCAGAAGGCCUUCGACCUCAUCGAGCACUACUUCGGUGUAGAAGACGAUGAUAGCAGCCUGGCUCCCCAAGUGGAUGAAACGCAACAGCAGUUCAUCUUCCAGCAGCCUGAGGCCCCCAUGGAGGGCUUCCAGCUAUAAUGUCUGCCUCCGGGGAGGGGAAGGGCUGGGGAGCAUCACCAGUCAGCAGAAGAGCAGCCCUUUGGUGGGCGGGGAGCCAGCCCCCCACUGUCAGCUACCACACACCUCUGCUGUCCUGGAGACUGUGCUCUCGACCUGCUCCGCCCCUUCCCUGGAGGGGACACCCUCUGGACACACAGAACCAUCUGAGGCUCACAUUUGGGUUUUGUGACAAGAAGGGGACGUGUUGGGUUUUCUUCCUUACACUAUAUUUUGGCUGCACACAUGUCUUUAACCCAGGAGCCCAGGGGUAGACAAAGGAGGACUGAGGUAAUCAAUUUGCACCUUUUUUUAUUUUUAUUUUUUCUUUUUUUCUUUAAUGGUGACAUCCUUCCCUUUUAUCUUCCUUCAUCCUUCCCAGUCGUCUGCCCUGAUUGUGUAACUCUUAUCUUGGGUACUUGAGCAGAUGGAAUAUUCCAGAGGUGGGAGGUGGGAGGGCAGGGGAGGGGAGAAAUCCAAACAAAGUGUUCUUGCUCAGACGGAAUAUUAAUCUUGUAUGCUUGGAUUGAGUUAUUUAAUUUUUUUCUUUUGCACAUUUUUUCUUGUAUUAAGAUUGCUCUUCCCAAGAGCCAUGAGUUCCUCAUUUUAGGAAUCCCAGCUGCCAGCAAUUUCUGGGACUAGAGGUUGAUGGGGAGGCCACCAUGAGACAGAGGCCUCCCCCUCCCUCUGACCCUUUGCCCAGAUCUCUUUAGUUUGGGAGAUCCCCCUCGCUCUCCUGGGGUCCCUGUCCCCAUGGAGGGAGUGGAGGAGCACAGGCCUUUAGUCGGGGCUUCCCCAUGUGUAGCUACUGAUCCCAUGUUUCCUAUCCACCUUCCAAAUGGUGCGACCCAACUUCAUGUGUUUACUUGAAAAUUCCCCUCGGAGUAGAAUGAACCUCCGAGGUGGCUGUAUUUUCUCCUGAGCUCAAGACGGGGCAGCAGUCCCUCCUUCUCCUGAGGAGAAGGUCCUUGCUCUGGGGACCUACAGGUUGCAGAGAGGAGGUUGGAGUGAGAGUGUCAUGUAUUGGGGUAGUCAGGGAUCCCUGCCUUUGGCCUUUCUUCUUCCUCUUCCAUAGUUGGAUCAUGUAUAUUUUACUUCCAAAGGAGAGAAUGUCAAAAAGUUCUGUAUUUUUUUAUAUUCUAUAUAUUAGGUAGGUCAAUCUUAAUUGGUCUCAAAAGGAAGAGCUGUCUAUAAUUUCUGUAAUUAGGACACUGUGAGGAAGACCAACAAGGGAUGUGGAAGCUCCCUCACUCAGGAGGCCUGAGCUUGGUCCUUUUCCUCUCUGCCUGGAUUCUGGGCCGCCACCUGGGACCAACCCUCAGCUCUGGAACCUUUGUAAAGCAAGUCAGCUGGGUCUGAUUGUACCUGUAGGGAGCGAGAUGGCCUCAGGGCCUCAUGAAGUCUAUCACUCUAGUCCCCAUCCUGCCAGAGAGCAGUCUGCUUUCCCAAAUCCAAUCUCAAAGGCUGUUGUCCACAUACAUUAUCCUGCAUGGCUGCCUCUCCUAUUAUCACAGAAACCCAGCAGCCAGAAUAACUUUGAGAACUUCUGGUAUCUUUCCUGUACGGGAUCCUUGUACCUGGUUUGGGUUUUCCCUUCCUCAUGAUAAUUAGAAUCCAAAUGCCUUUCUUUUUGAAUAAAGGUAGUGGAGUGAUACUACAAGUUGUUGGGGUGUGGGGUGGAAGACGUUGUGAGUUAAGUGUAGACUUGUUAGGAGCUAAAGGCAUAGUCUGUGCCACCUCCCCAGUGUGAUCAGUCAGGGGUGUCCUGUCCCAGGCUGUACUUUUCUUUCCCCCAGAAACAGUGUCAUUCUUGAUCCCGCUCCUGUGCACUCCCUUGAGCUCAGGUGAAACCCAUGCCCCUAUGCUUAGAUAAGAUCUCAAGUUUCAAGGGCUUAUUAGCACCUUUGGUCUUAAAUUUGCCCUCUCUUCCUAGUGUUGAGGUUUCAGUUCGAGCCAUUUUCUGGGUAAAGGUGGUUUGGGGCGGGCAGUUGCCAGUGAAAAAUCCCACCAAACUGUGCUGCCUUGGUGAAUCAGGUGCCAUUCAUCAGUGGGAGACUGCCAACCCCCAAUCUUCCAGGAAACCAAGGGGCAGGAGCUUUCGCACUUGACCUACUGAUCCACUACAGAAUUACUCUACAGUUCAAAUAAAAGUACCCCUGUCCCCACAUCAUCCUUGCCCAAAAGGAAGAGCAACUUGGAAGUAUCUACCUUGUACAUUUCAGGCAACAGUUAAGUUCCUGACAUUUAAUUCUUAGUGUGAAACAUAUACAUCCUGUUUUACCAACUGCUCCUCCAAGAUACACUUUGACUUCAGAUCUGGGUCCUGUACCAAAUGGAAGACUGUUAGUCACCUGGCUACUGCUUAAAGCACGUUUUCUCUAAGGGCUCCAAAGGCUAAAUGCUACUGAUGGCACAGUGUGGGGACAUAUUUCUCAUCAGAGAAGGGGACCUCUAGGAGCUUCUCUUUGGGUCUUCUCCAGAGCAUGUUUCCCUGUUAUCUCCUCAAACCCGCUUUUGGUCCACAGAUGAAGUUCCUGCAGCCCACUGUGAGCUCAUCUUUUGUGUCUCCACCUCUCCUUUGGCCAUCUUAAGAGCCAGUCUUCAUGAGCAGCUCCCUUCUGGAACCAGGUCCUGGGUUGAAAGCUUUGUGAUCGGUUUCUGAGUGCUUGCUGCCAGGAGAGGGGCCUGCUGACCUGCUGCAGGGAAUAGCCCAGGUCAAGGCACAUUUUUAGAAUCCUCAUUUCUUGGCCUGUGGCCCAUUUAUUCACUUAAGAUUUCUGAAGGGGUAGCGGUAUCUAGGCAUCGCUUAAGAGGACAGCAGGCCUUUUUCUUAGCUAACAUUUUCUAGUACUCUUUUAAACAGUGCCAGCUAUUUAUUGCCAGCCCCUAUAGGCAUCUUCUCAAGUCCCAACAGGGUUUCUGGUCUCAGAGACAUACCUUCGUUUCCCAGCUGUUCCCACUGAGUGACUGCCUGGCUUUGAUGUUAGCUGCAGUCUUUUGGUAAAACCACAUGGAUUUCACCCUCAGGUGGCCAGCUGGUUACUUGGGUCAGUGGGCACAAAUGACCCCUCCAAGGAGCCUAUGUUGAUGAUCUCAGCUUUCUGGGACCUUUGGGGUAUUCCCCCUUACCUAGAAUCCUUAGCUCUACCACAUUGACUCUCUGCCCUGGAGCCUGCUUUCCAGGAUCCCUACACAGAUUCUAACUGCUGUUGCAUCUAUUUGAGGGAAAGAAGAAGACGACUGUAUUCCUCUCAAGCCAAACCAGUUAAAAUGAAAACCGUCUAGUGGGUUCAGCUGUAUUUCUGUUUUCUCAUGUCUACCUGCUGUUUCUAGCAAAGCUUUUUCUAGCAAGCUAGUAGAGAAGAGGAAAGCCUCGCGAUACUAAUCUCCUCACCCCACGGGCCCCUCUCUGAAGGCCACAGCUCUUGUUCAGGCUUCAUCUCUUCUCCCCUAGACUCGGCGCAGCUUGGUAUCCAUCAUCUUGGUUGUUCCUCAGUGGAUUCAUCUUGUAGACUGAUUCUGGGUUCUCAGUUGAAGGCAGGGAUCAGUUUCUGUGGGUCCCUACAGACAUCCCUGGACCAGGAAGAAGGUUAGACUAGCUGGGAUCCUCAGAAGUAUGCGUAUCUGUUUCCUGGCAGGGGGGAAGGGCACAAUUCAAACCGCAGGAGAUGCUCAUGACCAGCGGCCACAUGUUUCGGCAGUACUACCUGGAAGUGAGUAUGAGACACAGGUUGCUCAGAGUAGGUUUCUUUUCUUUUUUUUUUUUAAUUUUUGACAGGCAGAGUGGACAGUGAGAGAGAGAGACAGAGAGAAAGGUCUUCCUUUGCCGUUGGUUCACCCUCCAAUGGCUGCUGAGGCUGGCGUGCUGCGGCCAGCGCACCGCAUUGAUCCGAUGGCAGGUGCCAGGUGCUUCUCCUGGUCUCCCAUGGGGUGCAGGGCCCAAGCACUUGGGCCAUCCUCCACUGCACUCCCUGGCCACAGCAGAGAGCUGGCCUGGAAGAGGGGCAACCGGGACAGAAUCCGGUGCCCCGACCGGGACUAGAACCUGGUGUGCCAGCGCCGCUAGGCGGAGGAUUAGCCUAUUGAGCCACGGCGCCGGCCCAGAGUAGGUUUCUUCCACAGCCAUUUAGGCUUGUACUUUCUUGACCAGCCUUGUCCAGCUUUUUUUUUCUUUGUUAGUUUUUAGGUUCCGUUUGUUAAGCCAGCAAGCUGAGAAUUUGGCCCUGUAGUGAUCCACGUGGUGAGUACUAGCUGUUCCUUAGCCAGGGCUUUGAUGAGUGAUUCAGUUAUCCCAUUGUCCAUCCUCUAGACCCACUCCCAAAUAAAGACCAUGGCAAGGGAAGAAUUUGAGGUCAAAACCAACCUAAUCUGUGAAUUGAAGCUGUUUCUUUUCCUCUGAGAGGCUAUGGGCUAUGUGCAGGAGCAAAACUGGCUAUGAGUUAGGAGAGGCAGUGUUAAAUUUUGGGUCCAGAGCAACCUAAGGGAAAAAGGGUUGUGUACUGUGUCUUCAGUGGGUUAGGGCAUACCCAGCUACUUCUGGCCUGCCUGAUAUAGGGUAUCCACAUUAGCUCAUGUCCAAACCCCUCUGCCAAAUGCUAAUCUGCUCUCCUAGUAGGUCCAGUUUCAGCCCUUGGGUUUCGUAGGAGAGAACUGUAUGUCAUGCCCUGGGAGCCAGGAAAGAAGUCAGAGCUCAGAAUGCUCAGACUGGCUGGGAGCCUGUUGACUUCAGAGAAUGCCUUCCAGGAGUCUGCACGUAUGCGAAACCUUAGGCCAUGGAUUUGUGUACUGGCUUUUUUUAGCCAGCUUUUGUGAGAACUCCUUUAAGCUUUUAAGGAAGGGAAGGGGUGUGAGGUCCCAACUACCUAACAGACUGGAUAUUUCCCAAGAACAGCUUGGGUUUCCUGUUAAGGACCCUAGGAAGAUAAAUCAAAUCCUUUUCUUUCUUUCUGAAUUCAUUUGCUUUUAUUUUUCUAAGAACUAUAAACUCUGGCUAUUUUCCGUAUUCUCAGGGCCCCUGGGUAGAGAGACAAAGCUUGAUGAUUUCAGAGCAGACAUAGGCCAAGAAACCAUGGCAUUGAGUGUGCUGAGUCCAGACAAAUGAUAUUUAUAUACACAUCCAAAUUUGAAGAGAAAAUGUAUUUCUUUAGGUUUCAAACACUGUAAUAGAUGUAAAGCAAAAAUAAAAACCUGUUGCAAAGUUCUAAAUAGUCUUCUUUGGUUGGGGGGAUGACAGACUUCAGUUUUUGGAAAUGUAUGAGAGGAUACUGAAACUUGUAGCUUAACAAUAGAAAUAAGAACUAAAUCAGUUCUUGCCAUAAAUGUUUUGUAAAAUUGACUUUAUUGAAAUGUAGUUGACAUACAGUGAAUUGUGCAUAUUUUAAGUGUACAAUUUUAUAACUUGAGAUAUAAUAUGCACCCACAAAACCACCAAAAUAAAGGUAGGAAAUAUAA